GCCGUUUACCGGUUGUCCGUGCUCUGCUCGAAAACCACGUGUUCUCGGUCAGCAUGGUAACCGGCUCAAAACAUUGCUGGCCAGAAGACUCGCGGCAGCGCUUCGGUCAGAGCAAUGGCCAAAGGCUGGCUGUCAUUCCUUGCGGUGUGCCUAGCGGGCUUCGCCGUGAUGUACCAAGUCGAGGUGGACCAAGACCGCUGGGUUGCUUCACAAGUCAUCACGCUGAAGGCCAGCACGCGUGACGCCUACCGCUUUGUGACCAGCUCCGAAUACAUGAGCAAGUGGCUGCCGUUCGUAAGCUCGGUCCUCGAAGCCGAUGGCAAGCAGAUGUCGGUUGGAAAACAUUACCGAGCUACCUACGAGUCCCCCCUGAUAGGCGAGUUCCACAUGUCGUACCACGUGGUCGAGUACGUGCCCCAUCGGCAGGUAGCCAUAGAGAGCGAGUCGUGGCUACGUCCCCGCCUCGAGCUACGCUUCGAGUCCAGCGAUGACGCCCAGUGUCGCAUGCACGUCCUGGUAUCCUUCCGCCGACGCAGCUACCUCUUUCAGUACACGCUUGGUCCCGUGUUGCACUUCGUAAGCAACCAGCAACUCCAGCGGUCCCUGUUCCUGCUACGAAUGGUCUUCCCGCAGUGACUAGGGCGUAGCCGGCCCCGCGUUCCCAAGCGUGGGCCGGAGUCGCUCGUCGUGAAGCUGCCCAGCGCGGGAUUCCGAUACUGAGCAACACGCACGGUGCAAGGCCCGCGGGCGCAAAUGCCGAGCCCCGUGCACAACUUCGGACGACGUGGAGUGUGACAAUGAACUAUGCAUUCUAUGUGCAUACAAGCUGAAUUCUCUCUCUCUCUCUCUUUUUUUUU